GGGGGAAGGUGAGCUGAGGCUGGAGCUGGAGGCGCGGCGCCUGUGAGGUUUAAGGACAAUGUGUGCUCAGUACUGCAUCUCCUUUGCUGAUGUUGAAAAAGCUCAUAACAACAUUCGAGAUUUUAUCCACCUCACACCAGUGCUAACAAGCUCUGUUUUGAACCAAGUAACAGGGCGCAAUCUUUUCUUCAAAUGUGAACUCUUCCAGAAAACUGGAUCUUUUAAGUUUCGUGGUGCCCUUAAUGCAAUCAGAGGUUUGAUUCCUGCCACUUCAGAAAAGCCCAAAGCUGUUGUUACUCACAGCAGUGGAAAUCACGGCCAAGCUCUUGCCUAUGCUGCCAAAUUGGAAGGAAUUCCUGCUUAUAUUGUGGUGCCUCAGACAGCUCCCAACUGUAAAAAACUGGGAAUACAAGCCUAUGGAGCUUCUAUAGUGUUCAGUGAACAGAGUGAAGAGUCCAGAGAAAGAGUUACAAAACAAAUUAUGGAAGAAACAGAAGGCAUCAUGGUACAUCCCAACCAGGAGCCUGCAGUGAUAGCUGGGCAAGGGACAAUUGCCAUGGAAGUGCUGAACCAGGUUCCUUUGGUAGAUGCACUGGUGGUACCUGUAGGAGGAGGAGGAAUGGUUGCUGGAAUAGCAAUUACAGUUAAGGCUUUGAGACCUAGUGUGAAGGUAUAUGCUGCUGAACCCUUGAAUGCAGAUGACUGCUACCAGUCCAAACUGAAAGGGGAACUGACCCCCAAUCCCUGUCCUCCAGAAACCAUAGCAGAUGGUGUCAAAUCCAGCAUUGGCUCAAACACCUGGCCUAUUAUAAGGGACCUCGUGGAUGAUGUCUUCACUGUCAGAGAGGAUGAAAUUAAGUAUGCAACCCAGCUGGUCUGGGAGAGGAUGAAAUUGCUUAUUGAACCUACAGCUGGUGUUGGAGUGGCUGCUGUUUUGUCUCAGCAUUUUCAAACAAUUUCCCCAGAAGUAAAGAACAUUUGUAUUGUGCUCAGUGGUGGAAAUGUAGACUUAACCUCCAUAACUUGGAUGAAGCAGGCUGAAAGGCCAACUCCUUACCAAUCUGUUUUUGUUUAA